AUGGCCGUUGCCAUCAACGACCGCACGGUGGAGUUUCGCCACAUCGUCACAGCCGCCCAGCGAAAACAGUCCGCAAAGCCCGGUUCGCAACGACUUCUCGGUAGCGAUGCGCAAAACGGUGCGGCAGCCAGCGCGCCGCCACGACGGUCCGAGUUUGCGCGGCACGCAGCCGACAUUGGGAGAGGGAUUUCAGGCACGAUGGGCAAACUCCAAAAACUCGCACAGCUCGCUAAGAAGCGCUCGCUGUUCGACGACAACCCGGUCGAGGUGAACGAGUUGACCUUCAUCAUCAAGCAAGACCUGUCCCGCCUCAACGAAGACAUCCGCAACCUACAGGGGCUCUCCAAGCAGCUGCACCCCAAGCCGGACCAGGAAGGGGAGAACAACAAAAACAUUCUGCUGCUGCUGCAGGGCAAGCUCGGGGAUGUCAGCGCCAACUUCAAGGACGUGCUGGAGAUCCGGACCAAGAACAUCCAGGCGUCGCGGUCACGAACUGAGGCGUUUGUGUCGACGGUGGGACAGCAUGCCCACGCGGCCCUGCCGCCGUCGGCGUCUCCGCUGUAUGGCACGCCCCAGCGCGGGACACCAUCGCCGGGGGCUGAUCUUAUCUCGCUCAACCCGGGCGGCGGCGGCGAUCAGCAGCUGCAGCUGCAGAUGAUGGAGGAGGGGCAGAACCAGUAUAUUCAGCAGCGCGGGCAGGCGAUCGAGGCGAUUGAGUCGACUAUCAACGAGCUGGGGUCAAUUUUCGGGCAACUCGCCGCGAUGGUGAGCGAGCAGUCGGAGAUGAUCCAGCGUAUCGACGCCAACACAGACGAUGUGGUGGAUAAUGUCGAAGGCGCACAGAAAGAGUUGCUGAAGUACUGGACCCGUGUUUCGGGCAACCGGUGGCUUGUGGCCAAGAUGUUUGGUGUUCUGAUGGUAUUCUUCCUGCUCUGGGUGUUGAUCGCCGGGUAG